UCUUCCUUCCAUCCUUCUGAGUCACCAGGAAGAUGUGGCCUUGGGCCCUUUGGGUGUGUCCUCUGCUCUGUGGCAUCAGUUUAGCAGCCCCCCCAGACAAGCCACAGAAUAUUUCCUGCAGCCUUUACUACAAUGAAAACCUCACUUGCACAUGGGAUCCGGGAAGGGAAGUGCAUCCAGCAAAUUUCACUGUUUCUAUAAAAUCGUGGGGGGACCCACCGCACCGGACACUGCCGCUCGCAAACCUCGGUCUCCUGUCCUUCUCCAGGGGCCUUUCUACCAAGAGCAUCGUCCACCGCGACCUCUGCAUGAGUAGCACCAACUCCUGCUCCUUCCGGUUCUCCGAGCUCCUCUACCCCUCCGUCAGCAUCAUUGAGGUCACUGCCGAAAGUGCCUUUGGUGUUGCCACGUCGAACGCCACCGUUUGGAAUCUCCCCAAGAUCGUGAGGAUAGGUCCACCUACGAUCCGAAGCGUGGAAAUGGCCCCGGGGACCGAAUCGUCCCUUCUAAUAACUUGGGACAGGCCUUCUCUGACUCCUGAGUGGUAUGAUUUAAUAUGCUGCCUUCGGCACAGGAAAGCGAACGGUGUCCACUGGGAACAAGUGACCCUCAUCAUGAGACGCAGAGAACUGUCUGGGACGCACACCCUCUCCGGGCUGGACUGUGCGGUCUACGCCGUGUCCGUGCGGUGUGCGGUGAAUGACUCUGAGUUCUGGAGCGCCUGGAGCGAAGAAAAAUCGGGAACCGUGGAGAGGCCAACCAGGAUCCUGGCUUCUUCACAGCUUCCCCGGCCCUGGGUCCAAAGGCUCCGGAUGGCUCAGCCCCAUUCCGGCCCUGUCCCCAGCUGUCUCAGUGGAGUUCCCGCUAACCCUCUUCCUCUCUGUCUCCUCCCAGGUCAGAUGUGUGGCGGCGACCUGUGGAGAGUUAUCGGGCCCACUGGGCCGGACGGGAAUCGGACGGUGUGGCUGAUGCGCAAGGGAUGCUGCCGGCGCUCCUCUGGCUACAGCGUACACGUCAGGCCGGAGAAGAAGCCGUCUCUGGGUCGGACCGUGACCGUGACCAGCUGGAUGGGCGAGCUGUCUUUGACAGGAGAGGCCUACCUGGUGUACCUGGUGGACUCUAACUCCACUGCAGCAUCUGCCAAAGCCACCCUGAGGAUCCCGCCCGUGGGAGAAAGCCCUCCCCAGAGGAUCAACGCGGUGACGGUGCGGCCCGUCAGCGGAGACGGGCUGGUGGUGACGUGGGACGCCCCCGCCUCGGACGUCGACAGAUUCGUGGUGGAGUGGCGACAGGAUUGGGAGACGGAGUCCUCGGCCACCUCGUGGGAAAUCGUUUCCCGGGGCGGGAGCUGGACAGCUGGAGGAGACCGCUUCCUGCCAUUCCAGUGCUAUAACAUCUCCGUGUACCCGCUGAUUAAGGAGGUUGUGGGAGCCCCAAUUUCCACCCAGGUCUAUUUUCGGGAAGGCGUGCCUUCGGAAGGGCCCGUGUCUAGGGCUGAAAACUUGGGAAAGCACGAAGUGACGAUCAGAUGGAAAGAGAUCUCCAAGAAGAAGAGGAACGGCUUCAUCAGAAACUACACCCUGUUUUACGGGGCCGUCGGGGGAGAAGAGAUGGCCAGGACGGUCAAUUCCGGUUUCCUGCAGUCCACGCUGGAGGGGCUGGAGCCCGACACCCAGUACACUGCCCGAGUCCUGGCCAGCACCAGCGCCGGCGGACGCAACGGCACCAAGAUCAACUUCCGCACGCUGGCCUUCAGCAACCUCGACAUCCUCCUCCUCACCGCUCCCAUUGGAGGGAGUCUCCUUCUGCUCAUUGUCCUGGUGGCCGUGUGUUCCCUCUCCAAGACCAAGUUAAAACAGGCCUUCUGCCCGCGGAUUCCUGACCCCGCGGAGAGCGUCCUCUCCGAGUGGCUGACCCGCAUGAGCACGGCCAAGGAGCGGCUGAAAGAGAGACCAUCGGACGACUUGCCGAACCCCAGCAACUCGUGGGCGGAAAAGCCUGGGUCCUCCCCGGAGGAGUUCCCUGACAAGCUGGUGGUGGACUGUUGGAACAUCUUGGAGCAGGAAGCCAUUUUCCCCAGAGCCUCAAGGCGGUGGCGGGUGAGCUCCUCGUUUGGGGAAGAGUAUGAGUAUGUGCCAUCUCUAUCCAGACCCAACUCCUGGGGGUUGGUCAGGAGCCCAAGCAGAAGCCCCUGCUUGCCCGAGGAAACGCCGGAGACCAGUCCGGGGCCCACCCCUGAGGCCGCCCCGCAGCCCAGCCCGCUCCAGAACCCGGGCUCCGCCAAGAGCGCGAGACCGGGAGGGCUCCUUGAGGAGCCUGCGGCCUUAAAUCGGUACUUGAAGAAUUCGGUCACGGAGAGGGAGUUCCUAAUUUCUGAGAACUUUGCGGACCUGACUGGGAAAGGAGUAGUCAGACAAUCUUAGUGCCACCCCAGAAUCCCAAGGUGGGCCCGGGCUCGGUCUACGGUGGAGGUCGGACUGGCCGCUUAACAAAUACCAACAUUAUCAUCAUUAUUACCAGGGGCUGGGUGCCUGAGCCACCCAAAGAGCUGGUUGACAGAGGGCACUACCCUUUAUUCCCUUAUGCGGUGAAGAAUUCAAUAUGGCAGCUUCCAUAUUGACUCCACCUCAUCCAAGUCAAGCAAGCUGUCCAUCAAGAGUAUUUUAUCUAGCCUCUACUGUGCACUGAGUGCUUAGGAGAGGACAGUUGAGUAAGAGAAA